AGCCGCUACCUUGCUCCUGCACCCAAACAUGACUGACAAAACAUCAUACUUAUCAGUCAUCUUCACAUGCUCAAAGGCGGACUAGGCAUGGUGCACAGUUCCCUCACCAGGCAAGCCAACCCGCUCGAAAAGAUCAACAAAAACUGAAGAUGGGACUGAAGAUGAAAGUAUACAAUGACAAGACGCCAACAGAGGAGGACAGUGGUAGUCUAAAAAAGGGCAAAAAGAAGAAGAAAAAGGAAGAUGCCUGGACACCUGAGGGACCCAAAGACCCAAUUGCGAUGCUGGAUUCUCUGCCAGAGGAGAAGCAGCAGGAAUUUCAGAGAGCCCUCCACCUGUUCUCCCUGGGCCAGGUGCAGCCCAAGACCCUGCAAGAGGCCAAGAAACACACCUUCCGCUUCUGGGACACACAGCCUGUCCCCAAACUGGGAGACAGUGUUACUACUCAUGGGCCGAUAGUGGAGGGCCAGGCCUGUGUCCGUGAGGAGCCCUUCUCUCUACCCCAAGGCUUCUCCUGGGACACCCUAGAUCUGACCAACACUACUGUGCUGGCAGAGCUAUGCACUCUACUAAAUGAGAACUACAGGGAGGAAGAUGACAACACAAUCAGACAUGACUUUUCUCCUGAGUACCUGCAAUGGGCUCUGCAGCCUCCUAACUGGCUGGCGCAGUGGCACUGUGGUGUGAGAGUAAACGGCAACAAGAAGUUAGUCGGCUUCAUUGCUGCUGUUCCUGCUGACAUCCACAUAUAUGAAACAGAAAAGCGGAUGGCACAAGUCAAAUUCCUGUGUGUCCAUAAGAAGCUUCGCCUCAAGCGGAUGACUCCGGUUCUGAUCCGAGAACUCACCAGACGGGUGAACCAGCAGGGCCUCUACCAGGCUGUCUACACAGCUGGCGUAGUCCUGCCCACACCACUGAGCACCUGCAGAUACUGGCAUCGGCCUCUGAACCCCCGUAAACUGAUGGAUGUGAGCUAUCCUUGUCUGAGACAGAACAUGACCCUGCAGAGAGCUCUCAAACUCAACCGCCUGCCUGAGGUGACAAAGACACCAGGCCUGCGUCUUAUGACCGCAGAGGAUAUUGCGGGGAUUCACUCCCUGCUCCAGGCAAACCUGCACCAGUUCCACCUCAGCCCCGUUCUGUCUCUACAGGAAGUUGAACACUGGCUGCUGCCGAGGGAGAAUGUGAUUGACACCUACGUGGUGGAGGGUGCUGAUGGCACACUAACCGGUAUGGUGAGCUUCUACAGCGUCUCAUACAGGGUGCUGAACCACCUGGUCCACACAGGCCUGAGAGCAGCUCAUCUCCUGUACAUUGUCUCUACUGCCACAGAUGUGACUGUCCUCAUGGAGGACACGCUGGUCCUGGCAAAAGCUAAAGGUUUUGAUGUCUUCACUGCUCUUGACGUGAUGGAGAACAAGAGCUUCCUGGAGAAGCUCAGGUUCACCAUCAGUGAUGACAGCCUCCACUAUUACCUGUACAACUGGAUGUGCCCCAACAUAAGUCCAGAAAAGGUGGGCUUGGUGUUAUCCAACUAACCUCAGCAGCUGAGAGGUGAAGACGGGCAGCGAGGAUGACAGGAACAAAAUGAUUGGCAGGACGGAGAACAUGAAGCUGCAUCACCACCAACCAUUUGAGCUUUAAAUAUAAAUGCAAACACACAGACACACACAAAGCUACACAAGAUAUCAAUAAAAAGUCAAUUUGUAAAUAUAGUGAAGUCCUGCAGCAAAUUACCAUCUGCACUGAGAACUGAUCCAAUAGAUUAUUUCCUUCUUCAUAACACCGUCUGUAUGUAUGCAUGUGUACACCUACUUGUAUUGCUAUUAUUAUUAUUUGUGUUUUCUGGUUCGAAUUCUGUCUGGUUUACAGACAUUUUGGGUGAUGUAAGGGCACACACAUGCACUCUCUUAUAUAUGCUUGCAUAUAUACAAGCACAGCCUCUCUUCCUUUUUUUGUCUUUUCUUCUCUCACACAAAUAAACAUACAUGCAGGUAAACGCUCACAGCUGGCAUUUUGGUGUGGGAAAGGAAAAUCCAGAUACAUCAUGCACACUCCAGACAUAAGACGCCUGUUUGUUCAUAAAUCACACAUGUUUUUAAUGAUUUUUGACUCCAUAUGGAUGGAUAAUGCAUCAUAAAAUGCAUGCUAAUUGCAGAAAUCAGGCCUCGGAAGGUGUAAACACUAAAUAACAAUUCAUGCUUUCACAACUGCGGAACUUGACACCUUAAUGUUCAAGAAAAAAACAAAGACAAGACUGAACACAUUCCUUACCCUCUUUUACCUACUGUAAUUGCCUUAGAAGUAGAACUGACUGUGCCUACUUUCCUAUGUUUUGGACCCACAGAAAGUUAAGUUGUUUGAUGCAGCACAUUUAGAGAGUUGGUUUUAUAAGACUUA